AUGGCGUCCGUGACCUCCACCAUGCGCACGGCGCAACACAUCAGAUGCUCGGCGAAGACGAUGGGCGCGUCGAAGCGACGCGCGGCUGCGAAGCCGGUGCGCAGAGACGUCCGCGCGCACGAGUACGGCGCCUCGUCGACGUCCAUGUACACGACGACGGAGAAGCAAGAAUCGUACCCGAGCCUGGAGAAUAUUCUUGAAAGACACUGCAAGGAUGAGAUGCUCCGUAAGGUUAUCGUCGAGAUGCUCGACUGCUGCGCGGACAUCACGGAGGCGUUGCGCUCGGCGCUCGUCACCGUCGAGGGCAGCUCGAACGCGUUCGGCGACUCUCAGUUGUCCGUCGACGUGAUCGCGGAUAACCUGAUGUGGGACUGCGUGAAGAGCUCGGACGUCGUCGCGUACGGCGCCUCCGAAGAAGAGCCGGAGAUUGUUGCCUGCAACCCGAACGGCGAGUACACCGUGUGCUGGGAUCCGCUCGACGGCUCCUCCAUCGUCGACAAUAACUGGGCUGUCGGCACCAUCAUCGGUAUCUGGGACUCCAAGUCGGGCACCGGCGCUGACGGCUUGCUCGGCGCCACCGGCCGUGACCAGCGCACGUCUCUCGUCGCGCUCUACGGCCCGCGCACCACGGUCAUCGUCGCCCUCGACGACGGCGUGUUCGAGUUCUCCUACGGCUGCACCCCGGAGGGCUGCCAACUUCCGGACGGUAGCUUCGAGCCGUGGAUCUGCUCUCGCCUUGACAUCAAGAUCAAGGAAGACUCCAAGAUCUUCUCCCCGGCGAACAUGCGCGCCGCGCAAGACACCGAAGGCUACAAGAACCUCCUCGACUACUACAUGGACUCCCGCUACACCCUCCGCUACUCCGGUGGCCUCGUUCCGGAUGUGUACCAGCAGUUCACCAAGAACCAAGGCGUGUUCUCCAACCCGACAUCCGCCAAGUCCCCGGCGAAGCUUCGCCUCGCGUUCGAGGCCGCUCCGUUCGGUCUCUUGGUCGAAAAAGCUGGCGGUAAGACCUCCGACGGUGUCACCGGCGGCUCCAUCUUGGACGUCCAAAUUAACGCCGUGGACCAACGUUGCGCGCUCUGCAUCGGCUCCGCCAACGAAGUCGAUCGCUUCAACAAGAUCGUGCUCGGUAAGUAA